AUGGAGCCAUUUCUCAAAAAGUUCUUCCCAGAGGUGUACACUAAGAUGAAUGAAGACACCAAUAUUAGCAACUACUGCAAAUUUGAUAGCCAACUGCUGACCACCUUCACAUCCUCACUCUAUAUCGCUGGCCUUGUUGCUUCCUUAUUUGCCUCAUCAGUCACUAGAGUUUUUGGGCGCAAGCCAUCAAUUCAUUUAGGUGGUGCGGCAUUCCUUGCUAGUUCAGCCCUUGGUGGUGCAGCUUUGAAUGUGUACAAGCUUAUAUUUGGUCGCAUUUUGCUUGGGAUUGGUGUUGGUUUUGCCAACCAGACAUUAGACGCAUACAAAAGCAGGACACCUUAA